AGACGGAUUGACAGUGCUUCACCACAGCUGUAACGGCCAGCGAGGAACACGGCCAAGCAACAGCUUAAAUACCGGAGGUCGACAUAGUUCGCCAAUCAGCCCAGCUUCAGUGUCGGGUAUUAAAGCGAACAGUGGCCGACCUGCCGCACCUGGACGCACGGCAAGCUGGGUUUAUAACCCGCCGGUGCCCGACUGACAAAGACCGCAGCAGGUCAGCGCGGUUAACCCAACCCGCUGUGUUCUGGAAAACAAGUUGCUCCUCAACGCAUGGCAAAACAGGCCACAGAGGUGUCGGUCAUACACCCAGAUCAACUCAAUUCAACUCGAAGUACUUCUCUGUCACACCAACAUUUUCACUUAAAAUAAAUUUGAGUAUGGACAAAGUCCGCGUGGGAGUCAUCGACAAAGUGCAGCGUGCGCUGACGGCUCUGAGAAAUUUUAUCAGCCGAUUUGACGUGCAGCUUUAUGACGAAGGGCGUGUAGUCGUUACUCUUUAUGGGGUGGUUAUCGCCGAGACGCACCUGAUACGCCUCGUGAGAGUGCUGUUCAGGAACGACGGUCAGCAGCCUGAACGGAGCGGUUCACAGCGCUGUGUUGUGUGAGGAAUGAACCCAAACGGAAACCCCACCUAUCAAAAAGGCUGGAAACAGCACACAGCCGGAGCACACGAGGUAUAAACCAGUGCUUUAAUUUUUAUUUUCUGUCACAGAUACACCUGUUGUCCAAAGAGUACUAGCCGAGUCUUGGCGCACGCCUCUGCCGUCAGAUUACUCCAUACUCGCUUGAUACUGUGUCAAGCUGGAAGAGAGGCUGCGACUGGUUUCGCUGUGCCGACCUCAACACAAAAUACUCAAAUUCUUUCCUUUCCCUGAUCUUCAUUUGAAAUUCAACUUUCCUCCCAGCAUCAGGCUGUAACAGGUCAGGCUCCCGACCACAGCAACUGGUAGACUGGAGGGCGGAGAUUGCAAUUCUUUCUCAAGGCUGAACUCAGUGAAUCUGACAGCUCCCUGAGUCGAAGUGGGGGACCACAGGGGAAAAAAACGGGCAGCUGAACAACAUGAAGUAUAAUGAACAGCAUAACCUGUGUACUCACCAAGACUGCAGGAUGCUGAGUGAAGGCUCAGUUCUUACUAUAUCACUCUCAGUUCACAAAAUAAAACACUUAACAACUUCU